AUGUCAAAGACUAGAAAAACGAUACAGUCUGUCUUCGAUGACGCAAAGAGUCCUCCUAGUAAAAGAGGUGUUGAUCAACAACUAAUAAAGAAAGCUGAAGAGGAAUUUACAAAACUUAAAAGUCACGCUAAACUGCUGCAGGAAAGCAAUAAAGAUGUUUACGAGAAAAUCAAGAUUAGAGUAGAUAAAAUGUCACAAAGGCCAGAGAAACCCAAAGACUUCGGCACUCUGUACGAUUUUUUGGUAUCUCAAAAUGUUAAGGAUAUAGACGUAUGGAGAAAAUAUGCAUUGUUAUUGGAAUGUCCAAAACAUAAAUUAGAAUCUUCACCUGCUAAGAAUAACAAAUCUGUUGUAAUCCCUGCAAGUCAAAGAAAACCAUCAAGUAACGCAGGAAAGAUAUCAACAGUAGGCCCCAAACAAGGUCAUCCAAGUAGUUUCCCCUCAUCAAAUAUGAGACAAAGCCCAGGACAAGUUGAAGGCAAUGCGAAUAAUAAGGAACCAAGUCAACACAUUAGAAGUCAGACAAUUGAAAAUGGUGAGACACAACAACAAAAACAACUCAGAGUCGAACAUAUGAAACUAAUCGAAGAAAACGAAAAGCUCAAAGAAACAGUAAGAGAACAAAAGCAGCAAACUGAAGAACUUACAACAAGAUUAAGCAGAUAUGCCAGUCAACAAUUAACACAGGGAAACCCAAAUAUAGCUGACCUAAGUGAUAAAAAUCGACCAACUAAAAUUGGAGAAAAGUUUUCGUUAGUGUAUGAUGACCAAUGGUCAGAGGCUUUUGAAGCAUUGAAAGUAGGAGGAAAGACAGAGGAAACCGUAGUUACAGAGCUAGCAAAUUUAGUUAAGGAAUGUUACAAAUUUUCUGAUGAGACUAAAGAUAAAAUGAGAAACGAGUUGGUGAAAAGAACAGCCGAGGUGAUCAGGAACCCGUUGCAAUCAUCAUUGUCAACUGCAGAAGAACCAAAAGAUGUCAAUUUAACAGGAUCCAAUGCUAUUUUUAAUGACUUUUUGAAAAAAUAUGGUGAACAGUCAGUCAAAUCUCUUCAAAAAGCGUUCAGAAAACAGAAGGAGAGCUACACACUUGAUAAAAGACUUACAGAUUAUCUGGACAUUCUAGUAGAACUCACGUGGAACAUGGUCCUACAAGAUCCGCCAAUGACCCUAAACUUUGCUAAAAACGGAGAAAAAAUCAAUGAAAAGUCAUUCAAACACUACAGCAAGAAAGGCAAUGUCGCACUCGUUUGUGUUUGGCCUGCUUUACACCUGUAUAAUGGUGGACCAAUUGUAUCAAAAGGUUUUAUUCUUCCUCAGUAAUGCUUCUUACUACUGCCAAUGAAGUCCAUAUUAAAAACUUUGUCAAUUUUUCCCCAUUUAAUAUUAACAUAAUUUUAUAUGGUUUUGAUGUUUGAUGCAAGAAAGAAACCAUUUUUAAAAAUAAGAUAUUCUGCUAAG